AUGUCUGACCAUCCCGCCGUGCCGGGCUCUGACAUCAAGCCAUGGUCCCGCCCGGAACCACAAGGCUAUUUAUUCAAAAACGCCAACGUGGUGGACGUGAAAGCAGGGAAAAUAAUUGAAAAUGCCAUUGUGAUCACCUAUCAAGGCAAAGUUCAAUCCGUUUCUUCAUCCCUGCCGGAACCCCUUCCGACCGACCUCACAAUCGUUGAUUGCGAAGGCCGCUACCUAUGCCCGGGACUAUUCGACGCGCACGUCCAUUUAUGCGCUGUACCUGGAUUCAGCGACCUAUCAAAGGCCUUUGGAAACCCAAACGAUGUGCACUUGCUGCGACAACCGUAUACCGCGGCCCAGAUGCUGCACCGCGGCUUCACCAGUAUUCGCGACUGCGGUGGCGCCCAGCUGGCCCUAAAGGAAGCCAUCGAUGAAGGUGUCUUCCCUGGCCCUCGCGUAUUCAUCUCCGGUCAUGCUCUUUCCCAAUUUGGUGGGCACGGUGAUCUCCGCUCAGCACACGAACAAACAGGCUGCUGCGGCGGCACCCACAGCAACAACCACCUAGGCCGCAUGUGCAACGGUGUACCCGAGUGCAUGGCUGCUGUCCGUGAGGAAAUUCGCUGUGGAGCCGAUUUCAUCAAGAUCAUGGGGUCGGGUGGUGUCGCGAGCCCGACCGAUCGACUGGAGCACCUCCAGUUCACAGGUUCCGAAAUCCAAGCUAUGGUCGAAUGCGCCAACAAUGCCGGGACAUUUGUCACGGCGCACGCAUAUACGGUCAAAGCUAUUCGGCACUGUAUCGAUAACGGCGUGAAGGGGAUUGAGCAUGGAAACUUUUUGGAUGCACCAACUGCCAAGAUGAUGGCUCACAAGGGUGUUUAUCUUACACCGACACUGAUCGCGUAUGCUCAGAUGGCAUCAGAGCGUUGGACGGGAUAUUUGCCGCCGGAGUCGCAGUCAAAAAACUCCCAGGUGCUUAAGUCUGGGCUUGAGGCCUUGAAGGUUGCUUCUGAGGCUGGGGUCACGAUGUGUUAUGGCUCUGACUUGCUCGGCCCAUUAGGUUCUGCUCAGACCCACGAGUUCGCUUUGCGGUCGCAGGUUUUGAAGCCUGUGGAGGUCUUGCGCAGUGCCACUGUUAAUCCUGCGAAGAUGAUGGGCUGGGAGGAUGCGAUUGGGCAGAUUAAAGAAGGGUUCCAUGCGGAUGUGGUUGUUCUGGAUAAGAACCCCCUCAAGGAUGUGACCAUAUUCGAUCGGCCCGAGAAGCACGUCUUGGCCGUCAUGAAAGAUGGCCGUGUCUAUAAAAGUCGCUGGUCUACGCUUCCCGAGGAUUCUGAGAUACCCAUCAGAGUCAAGUACAAUUGA